AUGCAUCAAAUUAUGAGGGAUCUCUGGGAGGCAGCAUGCAGUGGAGGGGAUGUAUCAACAUUGAACUCGUUGAUACAGCGAGACCCGUCAAUCCUUUCCAACAUAACUGCCUUACACAUAUCAGCUCUGCUAAAUCGUCAUGAUUUCACAGAGGUUCUUCUCAAUCACAAUCCCCAGCUUGCCACUCGAACGGAUUCUUCUAGAAGAACAGCCCUUCACUUGGCUUCUGCAGAGGGUAACUCGGAAACUGUGCAGAAACUGCUAGAAUUUAACCAUGAGCCAUGCUUGUCUCGCGAUACAGAAAAAAGAAUUCCUCUUCACUACGCAGCUAUGAGAGGGAAAACAAAGGUUGUGAAAUAUUUGAUCAAAAAGAAGCCAGAAUCUCUGUGUCUCCCUGAUGGAGCAGGAAGUACUGUUUUUCACUUGUGUGUGAUACACAACCAUUUACAGACUCUCGAAACUUUGGUGAAAUUUGAUCAUGCCACUGCCAGUAUUACUGAUGGUGAUCAUCUGCGUGAUCCCAUAUUUACACGCCCUGAUCGUAAUGGCAACACCAUUCUCCAUUUAGCUAUCACGUUUAAGCGAGUUGAGGCUGUAAGGUAUCUGCUGUCAAUUCAAAAUAUAAGAGAAUUAGCAAACAAGAAAAACAGUAAAGGCUGUACAGCCCACGGUAUCCUCGAGCACAGCCCAAAAGACUUCAUGACCCUUGAAAUGCAACACUUGUUGAUAAAUUCUGGCACAAUCGAAGCUGAAACAAAUGAAAUGCAACCUUUCGAAUGCUUAGACUUAGUUGAGGGUGGCAAAGCAUGUCCUGGAGAUGCAGUAUCGGCUAUUGGAUACACAAGUUAUUUUCACCCGUACCUGGCCAUCUGUUUUAUUGGAUUUCUCUGUGUCCUCCUCUUACUCCUAAGUGGAGUUCCUCUGAAGCAUAGAUUUGUGAUAUGGUCGUUAUCGCCUGGUAUGCGGAUUACACUCACGUUCUUAACACUUACAUAUCUUGAGGCCCUCUAUGUGGUGACUCCAGAUGUCCUUUUUGAGUCACCUUGGGAGAUGGUUAUAGUGUCUGUUAAGACUUGGAUUAUAUAUCUUGCGCUUGUUGCUGUGUUCAUCACAUUGCGCUUUGGUUUUUGGCUGGGCAAAAAACUGAAGGAGUUUAUCAACCGUCUGGAUAUAACAUUUCGUACGAGGAACAGAAACGAAAAGAUAUGA